AUGGAUGCUGCAGGAGCCACAGCCAGUAUUCUUCACCUUCUGCAACAGUCUUUCAGACGCUUCAAGCAGGCUCGCCGGUUUGAAAGCGAAUUUCGAGUCUAUGAGAUCGGUCUCAACAUGCACCUCUCCCGUUGCGCUACCAUUUCAAGAAUCAUCCACGAUACGAACCGCAUCGACAAUUUUUUAUCCAUGAAUACGACUGGGCACACAAAUAGCGUAUCGCAAGAUCGAGAACCAACAGCAGCAGAGAUUCUCUCUGCCGUUCAAGACGCCCUCCGCAUAGCUCAACGUGAAGCUGCCCAGAUCAGGGCUGAUUGCAGCACACAGGCUCCAAUUACGGGAUUUGUCGACAAACGAAAAGCCCAAGCGACAAAAACAAUUGGAGUGGCCAAAUGGGCUUUCUACAAGAGGGACGAUUGCAACAAGUUUAUGGAAGAAAUUUCCUCCAUAAUUCUACAUCUCGAGCACCAAGUCGAUAGGGAAAGGCGCACACUUGAGUCGUGGUAA